AUGGCCUCAGCCGAAGCUAAGCCUGCCGCUGCGAAACCCGCCGAGGAGACCAAGGUCGAGGAGCCUCAGAAGCCCGCGGCGGUCGUUGGUGAAGAUGACGAGUUUGAAGACUUCCCCGUAGAUGGUAUGUACUGUACUUUACUGGGCCCCGAAGACGCCGAGGCUGCCGAGGGCGCCGAGACGAAGCACCUCUGGGAGGAGAGCUGGGACGAUGAUGAUACGAGCGAUGACUUCUCCGCACAGCUUCGUGAGGAGAUCCGGAAGGUCGAGGCGUCCAAGAAGCGCUAA